CGACCUCCUCCGCGUUAGCUAUAGCUGUGGCUGAUCAGUGCGCGUGGGACCCGGCCGCUUUAGGCUUAGUGGCAGGGCAUCCGCGGGGUAGUGUCAUAAGGGUCCCUAGCUGGAGUAUCAUCCCUACAACUCCCCAAACAUGGCGAGCUCAACCCCUCCAGCUGUCCCUAUCGUGCCCGGCCGCUCUCUGGGCUUCAUGCUCCUGGGAGCUUCCAUCCAUGACAUCCUUACCCGCGUCAAGGCCCAACCCUCCGUCUACCCAAAGAUCGAGCUCAUCUACGACCUGCGCUACCCUAUCGCUGCCCCUAUCUUUGUCGCCCUCCCCCAUAACGGCCUGCGUCUGCGCUUCGACGGCCCGGAUCAACGCUUGCGCUUGAUAGAGGUUCUGGACUUCAGCAAGACCCGGCUCAGCUACAAGAAUGUGGAAGUUGUCAAGGCCGCAGAAGCUGGUAUGGGAGGUCUAGGCAAUCCCACGGGUCCAACGGGUCCGCGGUUCCGUCACGUAUACGACAAGUUGCUGGGCCCUACAUAUGCCGGCGAGUUCCUCGCUCCUAAGGACGGUGAUACCAGCGGAAAGGGCAUCUAUGUCUUAUCGUACCCCGGAAUCGCUUUCAACUUCCUCCUUGACGUAUCCGCAUGGUCCGCAGACAAGGAUUUCGUAUCCCUGCUUUCCUCAUCUGCCACCUCGGCGGCAAAGUCCAUGGCGAUAUUCGAUGGAGAGUCAUGGCCGAAAGCCCGCGGGACGCUCUUUACAAAUGCACCGCUCAACCCGAGAUCUCUGGAGCUCGCCGCCAAGGCGAACGUGGCGGAUGAGAUAGAGGUCGCCAGGAUGUAUGGAGAAGGCCGGGUCGAGCUCGUUCGGCGUUCCAGCCCGUCGUUCUGGCUCCAGCUGAGUGUGACGAGUCCGCAGCAACUAGUGGAGGAGCUCGGUCCGCCCGAUGCUAUCUACCACAAGAGCGACCGACGUCUAUCCAUCCAUGGACAUGCGCCUGGUAGUUCACGUAGCCGUCGCUUCAGCAACGCGUCUUCGGAUUCAUAUGGUGAGUCCUCCUCUGAGGCCGAUGAGACGCUGUCAGUGGACGCGGAAGGGUCAGAUUCGGAUUCCGGAUCCGGGUCUCCUAUCGAGAGUUCCUCUGUGAUGGACACAGAUGAUACGUCAACCGUAGAGCAUUUCUACAACUACUUCCACCACGGCUUCGACAUUCUAAUCAGCACGCCGGUGGCGCUCAGCGUCCCCUCGCCCACAAGCCCGCACCCGCCUCUAAAAAUAACCCCCGGCUUCCCGUCCUCGAGCCAACGCCUCGUCGCCACCAAGAUCAUCUUCCAUGGCAACAUCCCCGGCAGCUACCCCUUCAACCGGCACCGCCGCAGCCGCUGGACCCUUGAGCACGUCCCAACAGAGCAGUACAAGGACGCGCUGACGAGCGAGAUGCCCUUCGCCGACAUCCAGGGUCGGCUCAAAGAGGCAUUCAAGAGCACGUACGCCAACGAGGACGAGGAGCGCUCCCUACAGCGCAGCAUGGUGCUCAACCGCGGGUGGGGCGACAGCCCAGGCAGCAGCUGCGAGCUGCUAGGCGGGUUUGAGGAGGGCAGUCGGCCUGGCACGGCGGUGGGUGUGGGUGUGGGUGCAGGCGCGGACGCCGCCACCGCGAAGCACAGUGCUGGUGCUAGUGCCAGCGUGAUUGGUGCUGGCGGCCAGAAACAGCUGGUGGAUCAUAAUUUCGGCAUCAGUGAGCUUUAUGGCUUUCCGGGCCUGAUUUUCGAGGUGUUGAAGAAUGGUACCGUGAGCGCGUUGACGGUUUAUUGAUCGUGAGGGAGGUGGUGCCAGGUGUUGGGGAUGGGAUGGGGUGUGGUGUGGUGUGGCAUGCUGUUUUGAUCUGGGGUUCUGCGGCGUUUUUGUGAGAAAUGGAUGGGAUGGGUGCAAUAAGCACCUAGGGACGUACAUACCCGGUGCUGGGAUGUGGGCGAAAGGGAUGUUUAUUUCGACUCGCAGAGAUAUUUUUCUGGAGAGUUCAUGAAGUAUGUCGGGAAAUGGGAAUCGCGCGGGUAAUGACAUGGUAUGGGAGUAAGGCCUGUAAUGAAAGCAUCUAGACAUUGCGAAUGAGUAACAAGGUAUGAUACCUUUGCUCUAUUGAGCCUUGUCUGCUGGAUGUUAUAUGGUAUAACGUCCGUCACCAUCAACCGACAUUCACCAUCUAGCGAGAGAGGG